AUGUGCACUUCAGAUGACGACGACUAUAAAACAUCACCUGCUCCUGACACUCCCGCAGAUACGAAUGAUUCCCUCGAAAGAAAGAGAAAGAAAAGAAAGAACACGAACGUGGCGUGUGUGAACUGUUCGAGACUGCAUGUGUCGUGUGAAGCCAAAAGACCAUGUUUACGGUGUAUCAGCAAGGGUCUUACGGCGACCUGCGUCGAUGCUCCGAGAAAGAAAAGUAAAUACUUGGCUGGUGUACCAAAUAGGCAACUUCCAAUGAAUAUACAACCGGAUCAUCCGCCUCGGAAGAUCAUGAUACCCAUUUAUAAUAACUCCAGCAGCAACAGCACCGUCAAUAUACAGAACAUCGGAGAACAGCAAAAAUUUACGAGCCCACAGCAUAUUGUCCACAGGGCGAAGUUUUUAUCGAACGCAGCGGAUUCCGAGUACUCUAUUCUUUCGAAUAUCAUCUACCAAGACACCUUGUCCAAUAAGAUCCCCAUUGACAUUUUAUAUUCCAACACUAAUUCCGCAUCCAACUCCACUAUAGGAAAUAGCAGUAACAAUAGUCCCACGGGCACAAACACGAGCCCUGAAGAAACUGAAAUGGAGAAAAUUCGCCAGCUUUACAGCGAACAGCGGGCCAAUAUGGCCCCACACCCAUAUCCAUCUUCCAAUCAAAACGUCUACUCUAUUCUACUAGGAUCCGAUUCAGCCAAGAUUGUGGCUUCGCACGUUAACCUAUUUGCAAACCAUUUCCCCUUGGUGCCUGUCGAGUCACCUCAUAAUUCCCUGAACUUCAAAAGAUUACUACCAAGAAAUCCGUCCGAGAAAGGCUCACAAAUCAACUGGGACUCAAGCAUAAACCAAUAUUACCUAAACAGCGGGACAGUGACGUUCCCUGAACUGACUAUUUCCUUGAGGAGGAAGAAAAACCAUCUAGUCUCUGUAUCAUUGGAAUGCUGUUCACCGGACGCCACAAAUAUUCGGAGUAAUGUAGAAUGGGAACAUUCGUUACGGUAUUCCACCCCAAUGGAAAUAUACACCUCGAUAAACGCGCCCUUUUCGCACACACCUGGAUUCCAUCAUCUUUUGGUGUACCUUAAGCAUCGAUUCAACCAGCAGGAUCUGGUGAAGAUGUGUCGGUCCAUCGCCGAAUUCCGGCCCAUUUUCAUUGCAUGUUCAGUGACAUUGACCGAAGAGGACAUGAUUUUCAUGGAGCAGUGCUACCAGAGAACUUUGUUGGAAUAUGUAAAAUUCAUUGGACAAAUCGGCACGCCGACUUGUAUAUGGAGAAGGAAUGGGCAAAUUUCUUAUGUCAACGAAGAAUUUGAAGUUUUAUGUGGGUGGACAAGGGAAGAGUUGUUGAACAAGAUGACUUUUAUUGUGGAGAUCAUGGACGAUGAAAGUGUGCGAGAUUACUUCACGACGCUCUCUAAAGUUGCAUACAGAGACUUCAAAGGAUCCGAGAAGAUGAAAGUGUGCAGACUAUUAAGCCCCAUCAAGGGUAAAGUAGUUCACUGCUGUUGCAUGUGGACGCUUAAAAGAGACGUAUCCGGAUUACCCUUGAUGAUUCUGGGUAACUUUAUGCCCAUACUCAAUUAA